AUGAUCAUCUCGAAAAGAAACCAUUUGGAAAAAAUGGAAAUGGCCGAGCCAUUAAAGGAUCUCAUUGACGAAAUGACCACAUCGCCAUUGCCUGAUCUAACGCAACUACUUCAGAACAACUUGACGUGGGAAAGACCGCGUGGUGACUUGUACCAUUGGGUACCAGUACUUAAUAGGUUUGAUGAAAUUCUCGAGACUCAAAUUCAAAAAUAUGGAUUUGAUAAGGAAAUUGUUCCGCUUUGUGAAGUAUCUGAAUCCGAUGAUAGUUUGGUAACCUCAAUACUUCUUUACACUUCAGUGCUUCUUGAACAUUGUUCCAACAGAUCUAUCUAUGCUAGUUCUGAUAGAUUGUACCAGUUGGUGUUGGCGCCCUCAAUAUCCAUCCAGCAAGCAACUCUCAAAGUCAUGGUAUGUAUGGGGGAAUUGUUUGUGCAAACCAGCACUUCCAAAUACGCUGCUCCAAAACCUAUAAGAAGCAAGAUCAUUCAAAUUGCAAAGAGCUUUCCUCCUCCUGUUCCGGCAAGUUCGUUCCAAAACAAAAGCGAGAAGGACAAGUCUUUUAUGCAGUUGACAUGCUUAGACUUGUUGAACCCAAAAACAAAGUAUCCCACCAAGUGGAAACUGAUAGAAUUUCACUACUUUGCUGAAAAGCCUACACCAUCCAAGAGAGAACGGAAAAAGAAGUCAAAAAGGGAAGCAGCCGAAAAAUCUGACCCACCUGAAGGUUUGACAAGAUUUCUUCUUCCCGAAGAAAGCGUUCGCAAGCAUUCGCUUCAGCAGAUCUACGACAUGGCACUGGCCUCGAUCCCACAACAAUACUGGUUCGAGUUCUCUCUCCACGCAAGAGUUGCAAAAGCCAUGAACUCAAAGACUUCAGACGCAUUGAAGCUACGUGAAGGUUUGUUGAACACGAAGCUUAUAGCUUUAGCAUACGUUUGUUGUAUCAUACCCAACGAACUCGAUCCCUCGAUUCUUACAGACUUGGUGCAAAUUAUUCUGCCUGAGAGUAGCUCCAUGGUGACAAGAAAUCUUUAUUUCAAUGCUAUUAAAGCCCUUGAAUGCAUUUCUUUGAGACGGGUAUGGAGCAGCGACCUCAUUAGGAGUCUUGGGGGUAACGUGAGCCAUGGUGUGCUUUUCCAAUGCAUCAGACAUAUUCGAACAAAAAUUAUCAAUGAAGAUGAUGACUGCUUCGAAAAGGCAUAUAUCCAUCUUUUCAACAUGAUUGGUAACAUGAUUCCUAUCAAUAGUUUGGCUACAAGACUUGCAGCUGGUGGGCUCUUGAAGGAGUUAUUAGAUUUUUUCAAUGUCAAGUCAAAGUAUAGAUGGACGUGCUCCGCGGCGACUCACUUGACUACUUUGUUCAUAUCUUCGCAUACCGAUUCAAUGGCUGAUUUCGUUGCCCUUGGAGGCUUCAAAAGAUUGAUCGAAAACAUUGAAUAUGAAGUGAAUUUUGCUUUAGAGAACCCUGGAUUUGGCGGUGGAGCUCCAAAGCUGGCCAAAGUCUACUACACUAUCACCUUUCGUCAAGCAAACUAUAUUCGUAAUAUGUUGCAGUUGACGACCCACUUGAUCGAAACCGAAUUAGGAGACAGGCUCAGAAACCUUUUUGACUCAUCAAUAUUGCAUAGCUUCAAUUUGAUACUUGAGAACAACUGGACGUUUGGUCCUCUUAUUCUUGGUGCGACGAUUGAUGCGAUAUUCUACAUCAUUCACAACGAGCCCACUGCUUUCCCAAUUUUGAAAGAAGGAAAGGUAGUCGAUACCAUAUUAGAUAAUUAUGAGACGUUAUUCAUGCCGUCACCAGACCUAUUGGUGACACUUCCGGAAGUUCUUGGUGCAAUAUGUCUCAAUAAAGACGGUCUACAAAAAGUUCUUGAUUCGAAUGCCAUACACAAGUAUUUCCAGUCUUUCCUAGAAGUCAAGUAUGCAAAGGAGUUGGUUCGAGCAGAUAUGGCAACGAAUUUGGGGUGCUCCUUUGAUGAACUUGGACGUCACUAUCCGCUGUUGAAACCGGUGAUUUUACGUGAGGUCAAACUUUUGGCGCAAAGACUUCCUGGCGUUAUUUCCGAUUCUGUCAGCGGCAUAAAGAUGUAUGAGUCCGAUGGGCGUGCCUUGUAUCUGAGCACUGAAGAAAUAAUAAAGGAUGAGGAUGGAGAAGCUCAGAUCGAUUCAUGGGAAACCUCCUCUACGGCCUACGUUUUGGAUAACUUUUUCUUCUUCCUUGGCGGCUUACUUCAAGAUAGCGGCCAAUGGGGCAAGGAUGCCAUGAGCGAGAUUCCCUUUAGCGUUUGGCUCGAAUUUCUCAAAAUAAAGAACACGCCCUAUGACUAUACAAACUCCAAUGGGUUUUCUACCUUCAUGGGUGUUUUGAAAUAUUUUGAUGACGAAGACAGGAACUAUGGUUUGCCGGUGCUUUUCGAGGAGAUUAAAAGCAAAAUAGAAACUCCGCUCCUUACGGACUUCUUUUCUUACUCAUCAAAGCUCAGUUACUUUUCGUUAACUGAGCAUAGCAUAGAACAGUCCACUGAAGUUCUCAGUGAAUUGAAUGUUCUCAACACUCUUCUUUUUGCAUUGACAGAAACUUACGUUAAUCCAAGCUUCCUUUUCCAUGAGAGGUUUCAUCAGUUGACAGAUUUUUUUGGUGCUAAGGGAUUUUCGGUCCUUGAGAGAAUAGGUUCAAUGUUGCAACAAUCGAUUAUGGAAGAAGCCAAAAUCAACUCUAUGUUACCUGCUGAUGUUUCCAUGAAUACGUCGCCUGUAUUUGAUAUCCUGAAGGAAUCGACACCAAUAAUUUUGCAUCCCAAAGAACCAGGAGAUCACAGUUCAAAAUCUCAGGAGGCUACGAACGCACCCUUCAAGAAUACAUUGCAAUUAAGAUACUUGAUGUUCCGAUUCCAAAACUAUGCCGUUAUAUUAUUUGGCUCUCUUGGAAAAAUAUGCAUGCAUAAACGUCAAGAUUUUGUGCAAGCUGACUGGAGAAGAUCUGCCGUGGAGAUAACCAUUGAAAUCGGGCGAAUCUUUUCCAAACUAGUGGACUAUUCCGAGGUUUUGAAGCAGGACAAUGAUAAGCUGCUUUUCGAACGUUAUUUUCUUUCUUUGACUGACAUUUGCCUUUACAUAUUGGUUCAGAAAGAGAGAAACAAAGCAAUGCUUCAAACGUCUUUGGCUAUGUCUUUCUUACAAAACGGAGUCUUGCAUGGAAUCAGAGAAAAUACCUGUCAAGUCUUUGCGAAUUUACUUUCUUUGCCUGAACCAGAUAAGACAUCUGAGUCUACAGCUGAGAAGUAUUACAUCUCAACCGAUCCCCAUGAUAUUUUACUGAAAGCUACAGCUAAAGCGAUUCAGCUUUUGUUGUACCUCUGUGACGAAGAUCUGAUUCUUCAAUUGCCUUCAGGAAAAAACUAUUUUCAUCAAGGAUACGACAAUUCUCCAGAUGAUCACCUAGUGAGCACCUUUGCAAUGCAGUGCAAGGUUGAAGCAUUGAAACUCCUUGACUCAUUUGUCGAGCUUUUGAAGCAAGGUGUGAUUGGAUCCCUCCAGCCACCUAUUACAAAGGCUAUCGCCCACCUUGGAAAACAAUUGUUUAACGACACACACGAGGAAAAGAUCACUGACUUUUAUCCUCUUGACGUUAAGAAUGUGCACCCACCAGUCGAUCAGGUGAACUAUUUGAUUACGCUAGGAAUGUCUGAACAAAAUGCUAACCACUUCUUCCGCCAUGCUUCACAUUUGGACCAAGGAACUUUACCCACUUGUCCUAACCUUGAACUUAACGAAGAUGACUGGGGAGACUAUGUUGCUAGGAUCAACGAGGAUGCUAUUGACUUUCUGCUCCAUUAUCCGUCAUCUCCAUCUCUAAAUGAGUUUAAGCAAUUGAGAGCUGACUUCUCCUCUCAAUCUUUUGCUAUCUGGAACCUUUUUGCCAAGCUAAGUCCCCUGUGUAUAUCGAACAUUGUUGAGGCAUACUUAGCGCAAGCGUCAACUGCUGAUGAGAGAGAGAAUUUGGUAUCUGGUCUCAUGGAUGAGGUUACAAAGGCAGCAGUCUCGUUCGCAGACAAUAGCGAGGAGAGGGAAAAGCUUGAUAUAUCAGCUCAAUUUCUCCGCUCGGCAAUCAAGAUCCAGAAGCCCAAGUACCUGGUGUAUGAUCGAAUUGCUGAUUUCACUCUUAAUGAAUUGCAACACCGCUCCGAAAAUCUCAACUUUCCCUACUUUUACAGCAUGUUGCAAAUAAUGGAACAGGUUUUAUGUUUCAAGAGUCUUCCGGAGCUAGAACCAUCGAGGCACAAUGAAAAUUUCAAGUUCGGUGAUCCAUACUUAUUGGACGAUUCCAGGGUCAAAUUUCUUUGUCAGCUCGUUUUAGACCUUAAGGGCCUCAAUUCAAUUGAUGCUGCCAUGUCAGUGACGAAGAUAUUGAUUCUUUUGACACAGACAGACAUCUUUUUACUUCAGGUCGCAAAGUCGAACGUGCUUCCUGAACUAUUGAAAUUUUCAAGGUCUCUUGAUAGGGAAAGAGGCUUUAUCCUUAAUGGUGAAAAAUCGUUCACCAAAGCAGACAGACAAAAAAAUCAAGAGAUCUACGAUAGGUAUCACAAUGCGCUUAUUGUAUUAUUCCGCAGGUGUUUCGAGAACUCUGGUUUCUUGAAAAUCAAUUUUCUGGUGGAGUUGAAUGAGGCUUCUCGACUUAGUUCACGGUCAAAGCGAGACUUGCGGUUUAUCUUGCGUGAGUCGUCAACAUUGAUCUUCCGUCAACCGCUCACUUUUGCUGAUGUUUUUUCCGAAAGAUACAGACUACACAACUAUGAUGGUGCCGAGCUAACCCCUACUUCAUUGAAUGUCUACAGGCUUUCCGAUGCUGAAAUAAAGAGAGGGACAAACUCUGACGUUCAUAUGGCUGACUCCAUGGAAGAAGACGCUUCACUGUCCGAUUAUAAGCCUCUUCACUCAACAGGGUUGGUUCAUUUGUUGAUCUCAGAAUUGAUGGAGUUGAGCAAAACUGACUGGUUUUCAGACCCAGUUGACUCUGAUUCUAAAAAGCGGGAAGGUGACAACACUUCAAAGAUGAAACGUGAAUUCGAGGUUUUCAAAAACCCUAACUUUUCGUAUGCUUGUUUCCUCUUACAAACUCUUACAGAGCUACUCAGUUCCUAUAAGGAUGCAAAGCUUGAAUUCUUAACAUUCUCGAAGAAGAACGGAAACGAGUUGAAACCAAGGUCAACCGCACUCAACUUCCUUCUUCAUCAAUUGCUUCCAACAAAUUCUCUUCAACAUUCGCUGGGACUUGAAGGUGAUAGGCGUGUUGCAAUCUCUUCAAUUACUAGACUUGCAAUUUUGGGGCUAGUGUCAACUCCUUUACUCAGUGGUGAGAAUGCUGUGGUUCCAACAAAUGAAGAUGUGGAUAUGGCUUUCAUUCGAAAAUUCUUCGUGGAUGUAUUCCUGAAAACACUUAUGGAAAGCUUCAGAUCACCAAGUAGCAUUGAGCUGCGCUAUAGUAAGCUCAUAGAUCAAUGUGAGUUGUGCGGUUCCUUGAUAUCGUCGAAGUUCAGGGAGACGGCUGAGCCAAUCUUGAACAAGAAUGCCACUAAGCACGACCAGUUUUAUGUCGCAAGAGUAUUCGUCGACAACAAUCUCCCUCAGUUGCUUUCUUCACUUGUUGGUGAACUCGAUCUCAACUUUCCACAAAUUCACAAGGUAAUGAAAGCAUGUUUGAAACCCGUUACUCUACUUGGAAAAAUCAAAACGGAUCAACAUGAUCUUUUCGAUGGUGAAACGGUGGAUAAGGAUGACGAUGAAGAAGUACCAGAAGUCAUGGAGGAAGGAGAUGAGACUCCAGACCUCUUCAAGAACUCCACACUUGGAAUGUACGAUGUUGAGGACGAAAGUGAAGAUGAAAUGGACUACUAUGAUGAGAAUGGACCCCUUGAAGUCCUCAUGUCAGGGGAUGAAGUAUCAGACGAAGAUGGAGAGCUCAAUAGCAGCGAAGAAGGUUCAGAGUCGAGUUUUGACGAGGAUUCUGAUCUUAAUGACGAUGAUGUUGACGAGAUGGACGAGGUUGGCGACCAGGACAUUGAGAUCAUUGAUGAAUUGGAGUUGGACGCUGACGAUUCUGGUUCAAACGACUCCUUGGGAGAAGAUGAAGACGUUUCAGACAGUUUUUCCAAUUAUUCUGGUGAUUUCGAUGAAGAUCUUACGGAUGAGAACAGCAUGGGUGAAGAAGACGAAAGUGAAUAUGACGAAGAGGACCUUGAUGGAUGGAUUGAGGCUUUUGAAGAUGAUGCUGGAGACGUUUCGUCGCAUGAUAAUGCCUCUAGCGUUCACAAUGCUGAUAGAGAUAGUCACAGAGCCGUUGAUCUUGAACUUAAUGAUUCGGGCGAUGAAGACGAAGAACUCAGUGACGAUGACAUGCAACCACGAUCUGGUUUGCCUUCUCGUACACGAGAAAGAGAGUUCACUACAUUCUUAGAUACAAUCGUUCCCAAUGGUCGUAACGACGACUAUCUUUUCUUUGGAGAUUUGUUCACAAGAGCGAAUCGAGGCAAUAUUGCUCGUGGUGAGAUUCAUAUCGGGGUACAUGACAACAUGUCACAAUUUGAUAGGGCUUUUGACAGUCUUAUUGAGAUGCUCAACAACCCCAAAAGAAACCCAGACAAUGUCAAGAAUGAAAUGUAUCUCAAAUCAACGGUUGAAAGAUGGGAGGAUACUUAUAGAAUGUUCAAAGAUGAAGUAUCGUCAUCUGAAACCAGAAUCAUUCCUGCCAUUUUGAACCGCAUAGAAGCAGAUAGCAUCGAGUUAAACAAGAAAAGGCUCGAGGAAGUCAAGAAGCAACGUGAGGAACGAGAAGAAAGAUUGAAGAAGAAGGCAGAAGAAGAGAAGAUUUUGCGUGAGAAGGAAGCGAGAGAGAGAGAAGAACGACAGAAUACAGCUCCGCCACAUGAGCCGGUUCUCGUUCACAUUGGUGAUAGAGAAGUCGACAUUUGUGGAACUGAUAUAGAUCCAGAAUUCUUCGAAGCUCUUCCAGAUGAUAUGAGAGAGGAGGUCUUCACUCAACAUGUUCGUGAACGAAGAGCCAAUGCAACUUCUCAGGAUGGUGAAGCACGCGAAAUCGACCCUGAUUUCUUGGAUGCUUUGCCUGAGAAUAUAAGGGACGAGAUACUUCAGCAGGAAUCUAUGGCACGUCGUUUCUCAGGGUUGAGUGAUCCCAGAUUUGACCUGGCCGAUAAUGACGAUGAUGCAGAUGAGGAAGACAUGCAAACUGCUCGUUCUAUCAUAUUACCAAGCAGUGGCCUGGAAAUUGAUGCUCAUUCGACUUUGCGGGACCAAGAUCUUCUGUCGCCUGCUCUGAAAGCGAAAAAGUCUUAUGCCACUCUGUUAAUGGGCAAGUCGGGCGUCGCAGCAAUUAUUAGACUUCUCUUCGUUCCACAGCCACUUGUUAAGCGUGAGUGUAUCUAUCAAGCUCUUCACUAUACAUGCAACAACAAGCAGUCCAGAACGGAGGUUAUGAACUAUUUGGUGGCUCUUCUUUAUGAUGGAUUGAAUAACAAGAGACCAUUGGAUAAACUUAUGGCUCAAAUUGAUAACAGAGUUGGUGUUGAACAAUCUAAGAACACCGAUGCUAAAAACGCGAAAUGCCCCGUCGAAUGCACGCCAUUGACGCUUGGACUUCAGGUAAUUGAAGCCAUUGACUACCUUCUUGAAAGAAACAAUCAUGUUCGCUAUUACAUUUGCAAAGAACAUGAAAACCCAUUCAUGUCAAAGAAAUCGUCAAAGAAAUUAAGGGCUCUGGCUCAUCUCCUGAAAGAGAGCAAAUAUCCUAUCAAUCUCUUGUUGAAAUUACUAGAGAACGAUAUCAUAUGUGAAAAUCAAGCCUUUGUGGACAUCUUGGCUCGAGUAUUACAAAUGUCCACUAAGGCAAUCAGUGCAUUUGUGAGAACGAAAUUAGGUUUGCAAGCCAAUUCCAAUUUGCCUUACGUUCCAGAGCACAAUGUGAGUCAAGUCAUCAAGAUAUUGACUGCUAAGGAAUGCCCUAAUGCUACAUUUAUGCGUACCAUAGGUGCCAUGCAGAAUCUCUCUGUUUUGCCCAAUGCUCAGAAGACUUUCUCGUUGGAACUUUCUGAUAAGGCAACAUCCUUGGGUUCCACAAUUAUUGAGGAUCUCAACGCUUUGAGCAAAGACUUGGAACAGUGUUCAGAUCCAGACAAAGGAAUGGCUCAUAGCAAAGCUUUUUCAAAGUUCUGUGCUGCCAGCUCUGAUCAAGCUAAACUCUUGCGGAUUUUGACGGCGUUGGAUUAUAUGUUUGAGACAAAGGAAAAGAAAGAAAAGGUGGACGAAGUCGAAGAAUUAACAGGUCUUUAUAAGCGCUUGGCCUUGGGAACUUUGUGGGAUGCAUUGAGUGAGUGUUUGCAACUCCUAGACGGGCGGCUGAACACGUUUCAAAUCACAACUGCAUUACUUCCUUUAAUUGAAUCGUUAAUGGUUGUGUGUAAACACAGUCGUGUGAACGAAGUGCAAGUGAAGGAUGUCACCAAGUACGAAGCUCGGAAGGUUGAUUUCAAAAAAGAACCCAUAGAGAGUUUAUUCUUCUCGUUCACUGACGAGCACAAGAAGAUUCUCAACCACAUGGUUCGCACGAAUCCAAAUUUGAUGAGUGGACCUUUUGGAAUGCUUAUUAGAAACCCCAGGGUGUUGGAAUUCGACAACAAGAAGAACUACUUUGACAGAAAACUACACGAGGAAAGUGACGACAAUCUGAAGAUUGCUAUCAAUGUUAGGAGAGAUCAAGUAUUUUUGGAUUCAUACCGUGCACUUUUCUUCAAGUCGAAAGACGAAGUUAGGAAAUCCAAGCUAGAAAUUAGCUUCAAGGGAGAAUCGGGUGUGGACGCUGGAGGUGUGACAAGAGAGUGGUAUCAAGUUCUUUCUCGUCAGAUGUUCAAUCCCGACUAUGCAUUGUUCACUCCAGUUGCUUCUGACGAGACUACUUUCCACCCCAACAGAACAUCGUUUAUCAACCCUGAGCAUCUUUCUUUCUUCAAGUUCAUUGGAAUGAUUAUUGGAAAAGCCAUUUAUGAUAGUAACUUCUUGGACUGCCAUUUCAGUCGAGCCGUUUACAAGAGAUUGUUAGGCAGACCCGUAUCGUUGAAGGAUAUGGAGACGUUGGACAAUGACUAUUUCAAAUCUUUGAUGUGGAUGUUGGAGAACGAUAUUACCGAUGUUAUUACGGAAGAUUUCUCAGUGGAGACAGAUGAUUAUGGUGAACACAAGGUAAUUGAUUUGAUUGAGAACGGACACAAUAUCCCCGUUACCGAAGAAAAUAAGCAAGAAUAUGUCAAGCUAGUGGUGGAAUAUCGACUUCAAACGUCUGUUGCCGAACAGAUGAACAACUUUUUGGCAGGUUUCCAUGACAUGAUUCCCAAAGACCUUGUGCUGAUUUUUGAUGAGCAGGAAUUGGAGUUGUUGAUUUCUGGUCUUCCAGAUAUCGAUGUUAGUGACUGGAAGAGUAACACUGAGUACCACAACUACUCCCCAUCCUCGAUCCAAAUUCAAUGGUUUUGGAGAGCAGUGAUGUCUUUUGAUAACGAAGAGAGAGCCAAGCUUUUACAAUUCGCAACCGGUACUUCAAAGGUGCCUUUAAAUGGAUUUAAAGAACUCAGUGGAUCCAAUGGAAUUAGCAAGUUUAGUAUCCAUCGAGACUAUGGAACUACCGACCGAUUGCCCUCAUCUCAUACCUGUUUCAACCAAAUUGAUUUACCCGCCUACGAAACUUAUGAGACGUUGAGGGGAUCACUUUUGCUAGCGAUAACAGAGGGCCACGAAGGGUUUGGAUUAGCUUGA